GAGUGAGAGAAAUGAGCCCCAGCCCUUCAUUCUUCUCUUUUUGUUCUCAGCAUCAGCGCAGAGCCAAGGGGAGAAGGAAAGGUGGAACACCGAAAGGUUGGAGAACUUUCCAGAGCGAUGUAGAGGAGGCAAGGAAGGUGCUUUCUCUUCUGCAAAGCUUUGUACUUCCUGUCUUCUGCAGCCCCCUGGGCCAGCACGAUGACAUCACCCGCUUUCGUCAACUCUUGUGUCCAGACCCCUUCUGUGAGGUGUGUAAUAAUGCAACUGCUGAGGUCAAUCGGCUGCUACUCCCAGAGGCCCUGGAAGAUCCUACUUCCUCUGUGUUCCCGUUGACUUCCACAGCUCCUGUGAUUGAGUCAUUGUUUGCUCUGUUCCCUGCCUCCUCAACAGUCCCUUCAAGAGACCUAACACCAGCCUCUCUGCCUGAGCCUUCCCCACUGCCCCCCUCCGCUCUCUCCCCUAACCCAAUGACCCCCUUAGGUGACUUUUUUUCACCCUCCCCAUUGGGUCAUUCUCUGGCACCAGAGCCUUUUCCUUCCUUGGAUUCCGAAUUCCCAGUGGACUAUUCCCCACCCCAACCCCUUGCCUUUCCCCCUCUCCUACCACAUGACACUCAGACAGCAGAUCCUGUUCUCCCACGAGAGGCCACUUUGUCUCUGGAUACCAGUUUCUCUCUUGACCCCACCCUUUCCCAAGAUAUCAACCCCUUAUCAGAUUUGUCCCAGGCAGUGAAUCACCCCGAUUCUUUUGCUUGUCAUCAUGCACCAUCAACUCUGUUUUACCACAGCUAA